AUAAAAGAUCGUCUGUCUCCCCUCCUCCUCAACUCUUCAUCAUCACUUUCUUUGUUCUCAUUGUCAACAUCACUUCUCAUUCACCACGUUAUACCUCUCUCCUCCUUUCUCUUUUAUACAUUUCCAUUCCUUUCUUUUCAUUCCUCUUUCUAACUAUUACCUAGUCUCAAAGUCUCCCAGUCUCAGUCUCACAAUUUUUUGUGCAAUUCUAUCUUAAAACUACUACAACCACCACUAUUACAUCGCCAUGAUUGCCGCAUCAUCUCUCUCUAUCCAGACCCCCAAGCACCAAGAGGCCGGUGCUCCCUCUGAUGUCCGUCAACUCAAGGAACGUUACCAGGCUGCUGGACAGGGUCAUCUCUUCACUUUCUACGAUGAUCUUUCUGCUGACCAACAACAGCAGUUGAUCGAUCAGCUCGAGGCUUUGAACGUAGAACGUGUCAACAGGAUCCAUCAGAAGGCUACUACCUGCCCUUCCCCUAUGCUCAGCAACCAAUCAGCACUUUUGGCUCCUUUGCCCGAAGAGUGCUUCGAUUCCACCUUGGAGGCUUCCAAGGACAAGAUCCACGAAUGGGAGACCAUCGGAUUGAACCAAAUUAGUCAAAACAAGGUCGCUGUCAUCCUAUUGGCUGGUGGUCAAGGCACUCGUCUUGGAUCCUCUGCCCCCAAGGGAUGUUAUGAUAUUAACUUGCCCUCAAACAAGUCUCUUUUCCAGAUCCAAGCCGAGCGUAUUCUCAAGCUCCAACAAUUGGCACAGAAGCAGCCCGGCGCUGCUGCUGAGGUUGUUAUCCCUUGGUAUGUCAUGACUUCUGGUCCUACACGCCCUGCUACUGUUGCCUUCUUCCAGGAGAACAACUACUUUGGUCUAUCUAGCUCCAACAUCGUAUUCUUUGAACAGGGAACCCUCCCAUGCUUGACAUUCGACGGCAAGAUCAUGAUGGAAUCCAAAUCUCAGAUUGCCGUGGCCCCUGAUGGCAACGGAGGCGUGUAUGCUGCUCUCCGUGGCACAGGUGUGUUGACAAACAUGGCGGAGCGCAAGAUCGAGUACCUCCAUGCUUACUGUGUCGACAACUGCCUGGUCCGUGUUGCUGACCCUGUCUUUAUCGGCUACUGUGUUCAAAAGAAUGCCGACUGUGGUGCAAAGGUCGUUCGUAAGAAUGCUCCUGACGAGCCUGUCGGUGUUGUCUGCCUUAGAAAUAAGGCUUUCAAUGUAGUCGAGUAUUCUGAGAUUGAUGAGGAGGUUGCCCAUGCCAUCAAUCCCAAGAAUGGUCAGCUUGCCUUCGGUGCUGGUAACAUUGCCAACCACUUUUACACAAUCGACUUUUUGAACAGGGUCGAGUCAUUCGAAUGCGAUCUGGAAUACCACAUUGCCCGCAAAAAGAUCAAGACCCUUGAUAUGCACACCGGAGAGGUCAUUGCACCCAAGCAGGUCAAUGGAAUGAAGCUCGAGAUGUUUGUCUUUGAUGUCUUCCCCUUCACAGAGAGAAUGGCCGUCUUUGAGGUCGACCGUCGCGAAGAGUUCUCGCCCUUAAAGAAUGCUCCUGGUACUGGACAGGACUGCCCCGAGACCUCUCGUCGUGAUAUUCUUCAACAGCAUGUGCGCUUUAUUGAGGCAGCAGGUGGCAAGAUCAUUGUCGGAGAGAGUGAUGAGCAACUCGAGGGUGCUCCCACACUGGAGCUGUCACCCCUUGUUACCUAUUCUGGUGAAGGUCUUGCUGAGAUCGUUGCUGGCAAGUCCAUCAAGACACCCAUCAGGAUCGAUUCUUUGGAAGAACUCAAGAGCGUUGCUUUUUAAGUCUUUGUUUUAUUCUCUUUUUUCUGUAUCUUUGUUCUCCUAAUAACUUUCAUUCUUUUUACAAAUGAGUGCAUUUUUUUUCUUAACAAAAUUUGUAGAUAGAGCACCGACACUGGUUGCACUUCUUUUUUUUUGCCUUUUGUUUUUUUUUUUUGGUC